AAAUUUCAGGCUAUCGGCUCAGCUACAUUUUAUGAUUCAACCGAACGCGGCAGUGGAAACUCUGAAUUGGUUUAUAGGAUGUUUUAUUAAUAUAUCAUUAUUACCAGAUGGAACAGCCACCACCCUACAGCGCAGAGGGACACCACCCCCCACAGCAUGGAUAUCAAGGAUAUGAACCAUUACCUAACACAGAUUAUCCACCACAACCUACCCUUUUUCCCCCACAACAACAGGCUGGGUAUCCACCACAGAAACAAUAUGAAGGGGGCUAUCAAAACCAAGGGUAUCCACCUGAAAACCCAGGAUAUCCACCUGAAAACCCAGGAUAUCCACCUCAAGGACAUAUUCAGCACCCUGCUGGGUUUUCUUCACAAACUAACAGCACCACAACUGUGGUGGUACAAGUAAGGGCGUGUUCAUAACCCAGCUAAGUGGGAAAUUCACCUGAGUGGGAUCCGCAUGCAUAUACCCUUGAUAAAAUUCAAUUUGUGUUCACAUGAAACUAAACAAGCCAGCCAUAUGAAGGCUUUAUCUCAAAAUCUCACGUGACCGGGAUGGACAUUUUUUGCUGAUUUCUGCU